AGGUAAUUAAUCUCUACGCUUCUCUCUCUGCAAUUACUCCUUGAGAGCCUCUCUCUCUAGAACACUGAGUAUUGCUGACUUGAGCGUCGAAGUGUUUUCCCCGAGGAAACAACCUCGGGAUUUUGCAGGUGUAGAAGCAGCUGAGGACUUCAACAGUGUUGGACUGCGAAGCUGUCGAAACAUUGGCGUCGUCUGUGGGAACACGUACAAGGAGUCGUGUAGCUUUACUUGUUGAAAGAUAGUAUGGUUCGUACCUUUACAGGAGGUCGCCCUCCAAGAAAUGAAAUGGACGAACAGGAGGACACUCACGUAUCCGAGCCCGGCUUGAAUGACUUUAGGCCAAUGCCAAGAAAUCUUUUUGUAGGAGGAGCCGAACAGGAUCACCUAAGUGAGACAGAUGAUGAAAGAACACCAACUGGGUAUGCAACCCAGCCUGAACAGUUCCAAGUUCCAACAGGAACAAGACAGAGAUCUGCCAGACCGUACAAUUCACAGCAUGAACGACCUGAAAGGUCAACAGAACCUGCUCGAACAACCGAGCUCGAAGAGAGAACUAGAGUUCUCGAAAUGGCAAUGGGUAAAAUCCUUGCCCAUUUAAUUCCUGAUGACCCCUUGAUUCCUUUGCUGAACAGAGAUGCACAACCGGCUGCGGUUGUUGCAACUCGAAACUCCCCCGCUCUCAGCAACAUAGUAGUGCCGACUAGGCCAAGGGGAAGCGGGAAGUUGAAUAUCGAGCCCAGCUCGUCCAAACAUAGUGAAGAACUGAUGAGAAAAAACGCAGACCUGGAAAGACAGCUGCGGGACCCGUAUCAAGAGGGAUUCAAAAUUCCCCACCUGGAGACAUAUGAUGGCUCGGGUGACCCUGAUGAACAUCUGCACACCUAUCAAGCCAUCAUGAGAAUCCAAAACGCCAAUGAUGCCAUGAUGUGCAAAGUGUUCCCAGCAACACUCAAGUCAACAGUCAAGAGAUGGUAUCACAAGCUCCCUAGACAUGUAAUAGAUUCAUUUUCCCAGCUCGCCAAGCUAUUUUCUAACAAAUUUGCAAGCCAAAGGGAGAUCAAGCGCACAGCAACCGAGCUGAUGCAAGUUAACCAGAAGGAAGAAGAAUCUUUGAGGGAUUACAUGCAGCGAUUCAACAAAGCCACCUUGGACAUUGAUAACGUCCCAAACACGAUCUGCCUGUCCGCCCUGUUGCAUGGGUUGAAGCGCGGCCGGUUUCUAGACGACCUGCUUGAAAACCCACCAAAAACGUGGAACGAGGUGAAUGACAGGUCGGCCAGCUUUAUACUGUCAGAGGACUUUCAGUCGUCCAAGCGACGAGCUGAUGACAAGCCGAGCAAAGGCCAGGAACAACAACCGAGAAGAGAAGAGAAGAAGAAACAGAAGGUCAGUGAGCAAUGGGGGAAACCAGCUGAGUUCCCGAAAUAUGCCAAUUACAUCCCUUUGACCUUACCUAGGUCUCAAAUCCUGGCACAAAUCCAGCACUGGGUUAGGAGACCUCCACCCCCAUUACAUGAUUCCCCGAGGGCAGAUAAGAGCAAGCAUUGUGACUACCAUCGUGUAUAUGGUCACAAUACAGAGGAUUGCCAACACUUGAAGGACGAGUUGGAGUUUUUGGCUCGUAACGAGAAGUUAGAAGGGUAUGUUCAGAAGCCUCACACCCAGCAACCCGCUCAAACCCAUUUUGUACAGGCGUAUGACCGACCUCAAGGGCAGAGGUACCAGCUCGGCGGGACACAAGAUGUAUAUCAGGAUAACCAGUAUCCUCAUGAGCAGGGCAGACCAUACCGAGGGCGUUCGUUCAACAGGAGAGGACAGGGACCGAGAACUACUGUCCCAAAUCAAAAAGACAGGAAAGGGGUAGGUUAUGCUGGAAUACCCCCACCCUCUGGUACCAUAAACAUGAUAUCAGGCGGUGUUCAUUUCGGGGGCCAAAGCGCCCGAGGCCGCAAGGCUUCACCAUAUAUCCUGUACUGGAGUUGCUUCCAGAAGAUGAAGCUAAAUCCGAGCUCGUUGCGGAAGCAUGAAGGCCCAAUAUACGAGUUCGAUAACCAGCCCGUCCCGGUUGAGGGAGUUAUUACUCUUCCUAUAUAUGUGGGCUCAGAACCCCACUUAAGAAUGGCUUCCGUCACCUUCCUGGUCGUUAAGAUGGAAUCAACUUUCAAUGCUAUAUUAGGAAGAGCCACCCUGUGCGAGCUGAAGGCUAUUAUCUCACAGCCCCAUCUCUGUAUGAAAUUCCCAGCUCCUCAUGGGGUAGGAGUGUUGAAAGGGAAUCAGGAGAUGGCCAGAGCCUGCUAUCAAGACACGUUCAAGAAGGUCGAGCUCGCUGCAGCCCCGGCAAGUGCUGAAGGCCGCAAGCCAACCCAGCCUGUUCAACAAACAAUGAGUAUAUCAGACAUUGAGCAUCGACCUGAGAGCGUUGAGCAGAAGGCAGAACCAGUAGAGCCAGUGGAAACAGUGCCUUUAAACCUAGAUGUGCCGGAGAGAACAGAUCACAUUGACGACCUGGAUGAAACAUUUCGAAACUUGCGUCGAGCUCAAAUGAAACUGAAUCCCUUGAAAUGCACAUUUGCUGUGGAAUCAGGGAAAUUCCUGGGGUACGUGGUAUCCAAGAAAGGGAUCGAAGUAAAUCUAGAGAAAGUACAGGCAGUUCAGCAGAUGGAACCUCCCAAGACAGUAAAAGACGUACAGCGUCUGACAGGUAGGGUGGCUGCGUUGCACAGGUUUAUAGCCAGAUCGACAGAAAGGUGCCUUCCGUUCUUCAAAGCCCUGCGGGAGCCUAAAAACUUUCAGUGGAUUGAUGAGUGUCAACUGGUGUUUGACGAGCUCAAACAGUGUUUGGCAUCCGCACCCCUGUUGUCCAAGCUUGUCGACGAGGAAUGCUUAUAUCUUUAUCUGGGGGUCACAGAAGAAGCGGUGAGUUCAGUGCUACUAAGGGAAGAGAAUAAGAGUCAGAAGCCUGUCUGCUAUGUGAGCAAGGUGUUACAAGGUGCCGAGCAGAACUACCCGCUAGCAGAAAAGGCUGCUUUUGCUUUGGUCUGCACGGCUCGUAAGCUGAGAGCUUAUUUUCAGUCUCAUCAGAUCGUCGUCUAUACCGAUUUACCAUUGAGAAAAAUAUUGCAGAAACCUGAACUCUCUGGUCGGCUUAUUGGAUGGAGCGUCGAGCUGAGUGAAUAUGACCUGAAAUUUCGACCGCGCACAACCAUAAAGGGCCAGGCCGUAGCAGACUUUUUGGUGGAGUGCAACUCAAUAACUAACAAAGAGAAAGCACCUGAACACCCAGUCUGGGUUUUGUACGUUGAUGGAGCAGCUAAUAUUGAAGGGUCGGGUGCUGGGGCUGUGUUACUGGGCCCAGAUGGCUUCAAGUCUGAGCACGCGCUGAGGUUUAAGUUUCAGACGACCAAUAACGCAGCAGAAUAUGAAGCCCUCAUUUACGGGCUAAAGCUGGCGUCCGAGCUGAAAGUACAAAACAUUCAGGUUUUUAGCGACUCACAGCUUGUAGUGGGUCAGGUGAAAGGCAGCUGCGACAUCAGGGAUCCCCAGCUCAGUCGUUAUGCCUCUGUGGUCAACAGACUGAAAUCGAUAUUUGCCCUUUUCCAAAUUGAUAAAAUACCAAGAGCAGACAACCACAGAGCUGACGAGCUGUCAAAGUUGGCCUCCUCGCAGGACAUUAACCCUCAGAGAUCAACAAUUGUCGAGGUACUCGACGCACCGAGCUACACUGAUUUCACAGUCGAGUGUCAACUGCUAAGUACAGACCCCUCUACACCGAGCUGGACCACCCUGCUCAUAAAUUAUUUACAAAGUGGCGAGCUACCUGAGGACCAAUCUGCUGCAAAAGUGAUUAGACGCAGGGCGGCACAUUUCACUCUGGUAGAUAACCAGCUCUACAAACGAGCAGCCUCCAUGCCCCUAUUACACUGCCUUACUCCUAACGAAACUGAAUACGCAGUGAGGGAAGUUCACGAAGGAGUAUGUGGCACGCACAUAGGUGGCAAGACUUUAGCUCGGAAACUCCUGAGACAUGGUUAUUACUGGCCUACUAUGGUCGAGGACGCGCUGAACUAUGUCAAAAAAUGUCCGACCUGCCAGUUCAAUGCUGAUGAUAUACACAUGCCAGGAGAAAUGCUAUCAUCUCUCACGUCUCCCCGACCCUUUGCUCAAUGGGGUGUCGACCUGCUCGGCCCCUUCACCAAAGGCAAAGGGGGUUGCACCUUUCUAGUCGUUGCAGUGGAUUACUUCACUAACUCAGCUCGGUUAUCUGUGUGCAAGUUCGGCAUACCUAAGCGGAUCAUCGCCGACAACGGGCCACAGUUCCGAGCAGCAGCACUGAGAUCGUUUUGUAACGACUAUGGCAUUGAGCUCGCCUUGACAUCGGUAUAUACUCCACAAUCUAACGGCCAAGCCGAGUCCGCCAAUAAAAUCGUCUUGCGAGGCCUCAAGACACGUGUUUUAGCUACACAUUCUAAUUGGGUCGACGAGCUCAAUAAAGUGCUCUGGUCUUGUCGUACUACACCCAGCUCGGCCACGGGUGAAACCCCAUUUAGCCUGGCCUAUGGAGCUGAGGCCGUCAUCCCAGUGGAGGUGGGAUUACCUUAUGAUCGAGUAGGCUGGCAUGACGAUCUCAGCAAUGAGCAGCUAUUGAGAGAAAACCUAGACUUCUUGGAUGAGAUCAGGGAGAUGUCUAGAAUAAGAAACAUGGCGCAUCAAAGUCGGGUGGCAAAAUUUUACAAUAAAAGAGUUCGAGCUCGCUAGUUUCAAGUCAGCGAUCUGGUUUUACG